UUUGAACGGGACUCCCCCAUCUGAUCCUAUCAGAAACAUGUGGACGUUGUCAUCGCUGAUCAGCCAAUCAGGUGGAAGGUAGUGCAGCCGUGCACAUGAGAACCAGCUCAGGUCAGUCACCCAGAAAAAAGUAAAUCUCUAAAACAUUAACAGUUCAUUUGUCCAUCACGUGGUAGUUCAGCUUUAGACGGACAAACUGUCCAGAACAGUCCAUCUAACAAAGUGAGAGACCAAUCUGCUACUAUGACAGAUAAAGUGACAGAGCUGGUCUCAAAGUGCCUACAGGCCCGGGACUUGGCGUACUGUCCCUACAGCCGCUUCCCUGUCGGUGCUGCUCUUUUAACAGCAGAUGGCGCCAUUGUCACAGGUUGUAAUGUGGAGAAUGCCUCCUAUGGUCUGACCGUGUGUGCCGAGAGGACGGCCAUCCAGAGAGCUGUAGCGGAGGGACAUAGGCAGUUCACCGCCAUCGCUGUAACAUGUGACAUCAAAGACCGUUUUGUUGGACCGUGUGGAGCAUGCAGACAGGUUCUGAUGGAGUUUGGAUCAAACUGGACUGUGUAUUUGACUAAGCCGGAUGGAACUUUCAAAGAAACGAAUCUUCACGAACUGCUGCCUUUAGCAUUUUCCCCUGAACACCUCGCGAAGAACUGAAAACACUUCCACUGCACCUCUGGAUGGCCUGAGGCUCCAUGAUUUUAUCCCAACUAGCCUAGAAAAAAAACAGUAAAUAUAAAAACCUGCUCUAGACCUGCUACAAACAUGUAGCCAUGCAGUUGAUGUAAGUCUAUUGUAGUAAAAUAAAAAGAAAAGAAAAAAAACAACUGUCAAGUUUUUAAUAAGCCAGAAAUUGAUAAAACUAUAAUUUUGUUUUUCAACUUCUAUCUACCACAGUAAAAUGUCUGUA